UUUCAUAAUGUUUAUGCUUAACUUUCGACUAUUCUACUUAACUUUCGACUAGGAAAUAUCUAAAACAUCCGCGAAACAAGUGAUCCCACGUCACUAAACACAACCCGUUGUUUAACUUUAAAUUAAACAACAUUGACACCACCUGGAUACGAAAAAACGUAUCUAUGGCAUGACAAAAACAAAGAUAUUUUAAAAAAUGUUAAUGUUAUAUCGUACAAUACUUGAUAAUAGCAAUGUUGACCGGCACUCUAGCAGUCACCAUCAUCACGUCCAUCUUCUCUUCCCCGUAAUCUUCAUUCUCUUCCAAACCCCAGACAUGAAGCAUAUAAGUCAAAGCAAUCAACAAACAAACAAUGACUAAGAGCAAAGAUGAGUCGUGUCAACUCAGAGAUGACUCUACAAAAGCCUGACAUCAUCAACAAGUCAGAAAAUGUCAACUCAGAGAUGACUCUACGGAAGCCCGAUGUCAUCACCAUAGAAGAAAACACUGCCAAUGAAUCAUCACUUGAUGAUGAACUUUCUCAUGCUGUAAGGGUUUAAAAGGAGAGCUCGAAGCAGAGAAAAGUCAGUGCGAACUGGGACACAGUCCAGUCAGUUAGGAAGGCAGUCAGAAAAAGACCGUGAGACAGUUGAAGAUGGGGACACAGUCGGGUUAGAAAAAGGCAGUUAGAGCGAGAGACACAGUUGAGUUAGAAGGGGACAGUUAGAGUUGGAGACACAGUUCCAGCCAGAGAAAGGCAGUUGAGUUAUAGAUGCUGUCACAGAAAGAGUUGCUGCAGAACGAGUUGGAAUCGCAGUCACAAUUAGACAGACAGAGAUCCAGAGAGUGAAACCAGACGAGCACCAGAGAAAGAGUGGUUCCAGAAAGGACGACUCAAAAACGAGCCAUCAGAAACCUCUGCAGUCUUGGCCGUCAAGUCCACGUCACAAGAGAAGACAUCUUGUUUAUCUGGUAUGUUGUGGGUAGCGUAAGUUCGAAAUACCCCCCGUUAGGUACCCCCUCGUUGAAUAGAUAAAAAUAGGCAAAUUUCCAAAAUCGGCUUUUGUAAUUCUGUUCCAAACUUUUGUAUAUGUUAAUAAAUGUCCUUAAAUUGGUUAUAUAUUUGACUCUGCAUUCUUCCUCCUUAGAGGCACAUUCCUGGACUUCAGAGUGACUCUUACCCUCGCGCCUUAAUCAUCCAUUUUAUCUCAAACGGCAGUGUGUCCGAUAAAACACACCUGGUGGCAGGACUCUACCCAAAAAAGUACGAAAUAAUUCUUUACGGCCCCGAACCCCACAAUAUCAUACAGUUAAAAUUUUCAUUUUUUUGUUUUUUUUAUAGGAUUGUAUUCCACAUUUUAAAACUUAUUCUUGUAGAUAUUCUAUUGAUGUUUAAUGGAAGGACUAUUAAAAAACAAUUGAAAAUGAUAAUUAGUUUAAAUUAUAUUAGUUUUGCUUGAAUUUGAAAGUGGGUUUUUUCUUGUAUAUUGGGUUGGCAUAGACUACUUACAUUGACACAACCAAAUAACAAAUAUAAUACAUCAAACAAACACUAUUACACACCCACCAAUCAUACUACAAAAAUAUAAAUUCAUAGAUAACAAUGCAAAAUAUACUAUAUAUGACAGCCAUAAUCUGAUCACACACUUUCAUUGAUAAAACAAAAUCUAUACAGUAGAGUCCUGUACAACAUGCAAAUAAAGCAAGCAACACCCUUGAAUUAUGUCAAUCAGAGAUAUAUGAUUUUUUUCAACUUAUAGGCCAUGGUUUAAACUUUCAUAAAUUGUGUGAUAAUUAGAAGCGGAUUUUAGGCAAAUGCCUAUUUUUUUCCCUUAGCAUAUACAUGGCAAAGAUUUUGUAUUAACACUUUUCAUGAACAUUUAGACCGAAAUAAUGGUAUUUUAAAAUGCCUAAAAAUGCCUAAUUUGACGUUACUGCCUAUUUUUGCCUAAAACAUAAAGUUUAGCCUGUUUUCAUAUUUUUAAAAAGUUUUUUAAUUUUUCGUUUUGUUUCCCACAAAGAUUUACUUUGAUUCUUAACAUACUGUAUUGCUUACAUUCCAAGGCAGUUAAAAUUUUACAAAUUCUCCCUCCACCAUACCCUCUGAAAACAGCAAUUAGCCACACCUAGUCUUUUGUCACCAAGUCAUAAAAUCCCGAAUUGCCAGAAUAACAGCCUGACAGUCUACUGCAGAUCAGUUUUAUUUUUGUCUUUGGAGUGUUCACUUGUGGAUAAAAUUUUAGUGAAAAUGCCAAAAGUUAAAACAUCUAAAGCUUCAUUAAUUCGGCAAUGGCUUCAAGAAUUCCCUCAUUACACGUCGGAUGGCAAGAUUAUUCUGUGCCAAGUCUGUAAUAAAGAGGUGUCCAGUGAAAAGAAAUGCCACCUCACACAACAUGCACAAGGUGCUCUGCAUAAAUCGAACGUUGAACGAAAAUAUAAAAUGAAACAGACUCUCUUGACGCAGACUUCAGAGACUUCAUCAAAGAAAAAUGAGUUUAGUGCUGAUUUGUGUCAUGCUAUUAUAGCAGCAAAUAUUCCAUUUAAAACAUUGGAGAACACUCAUUUUAGAAAUUUCUUGGAAAAGUACUGCCACCAGAAAAUUCCUUCAGAGUCGACACUUCGAAAGUAUUAUGUGCAACCUGCAUACGAAGAUAUUAUUUCCAGGAUAAGAGACAAUCUUAAGGACUCUUACUUGUGGUUCUCUGUAGAUGAAACAACGGACAGUCUUGGACGCUACGUUGCCAACUUGAUUGUUGGAAAGCUUGAUGCCGAUGGGCCCUCCAGAGCUUACCUGAUCUACACGAAACAGUUGACUAAAACUAACCAUGAAACAGUGGCUCAUUUUGUGAACAAUGGACUAAAGAUAAUUAAUCCUGAUGAAGACAAAGUUCUUGUAGCCGUAACAGAUGCUGCUUCAUACAUGGUUCCUGCCAUGAAAACACUUAAGAUUUUUUUUCCUGCUCUUGUCCAUGUGACAUGCUUGGCCCAUGGUCUCAAUCGGGUAGCAGAGCAAAUCAGAGUAGAAUAUGAGAAGGUGAAUAAACUCAUCUCCUCUGUCAAGAAAGUGUUCAUUAAAGCCCCAUCAAGAGUGCAAGCUUUUCGGCAGAUGCUCCCAGAUGUUGCUCUUCCUCCAGAACCUGUUCUCACUCGUUGGGGAACUUGGCUGAAGGCUGUUAACUACUACAGUGAACAUUUCUCUGAUAUAAAGAAACUUCUGGACACUUUAGCGGAUGAUGCAGUUUGUGUAACUAAAGCCAAGGAAAUUUUGAAUGACAUUUAUGUUCAGAACGACUUGGUGUACAUUAAGUCUCAUUUCACAUUCAUUGCAGACACUAUUACUGCUCUUGAAAGUAGUGGGAAACCGAUAUAUGAACAAAUUGAUCUCCUCAACAGAGCAAAGCAGAAACUUUGUGAUGCACCAGGCACUGCUGCAGAAAAAGUGAGGAAAAAGUUGGAUGCAGUGCUUCAAAAGAAUACUGGAUUAAAGUCCUUGUUUGUUGUGGCUGAUAUUUUGGCAGGAAAGAAGAGCAAAACCGAAAGUGAAUUCCCAGUUCAUCUUCUUCCAAGGUUGAAAUACUGUCCGUUAUCGUCAGUAGAUGUGGAACGCUCUUUCUCUGCGUAUAAAUUAAUACUCAGUGACAAACGUUGCAACUUUUCUAUUGAAAAUUUGGAAAAAGUGCUUAUAAUAUAUUGUGAAGCAAACUAUGGGAAACAGAGUGAAUAAAAAAUGUAAAGAUAAUUGUUUGUCUACUUUUGCGUUUGCAGCAUUCUGAAUAUGUGCAUUUUUGUUUGGAAUACAUAUGUUAAAUAAAUAAUCCAUUGUCUGAUAAGUACAUUACUUGUUCAUUGUGCAAAUUUUGACCGCCUAUUUUUUGUUUAUAAAGCCUAAACGAGACAAUUUAAGAGCCUAUUUUAGGCGCCUAAAACACUACUUUUAAGGGCCUAAAUGUCCGCUGUCUAGUGAUAAUGCAGCUUUUGAUAAUGUUAUUUCCUAUAAUGCGUAAUGAAUCCUCCCAGACUCCCCCCAGUUGUAUGGGACUCUACUGUAUCAUCAUUGGUGUAGGUGUUUCAAACAUCUACAAUGUACAAAAUACAUACUAUAUACUGUAAAAAUUAGUAAAUAUUCUGAACUUUUCAUGAAAUAAUGCAUUUGUGGAGAGUGGGUAAAAUAAUUAAUGUGCCUAUAGUCUGUCCCUCUUGCACAAUGCCAUAAGAUGUGCAUGACCUGAUGUUUGGAGGUCUUAACAUUAGUAUAUACAUCACAUUACAGAAAAUUGCUUAUUGAAUACAUAUCACAUAGUAAUUCUUAAAUAUUGAUACAUAUCUUUGCAUUUCUUUAUUUAACCUACUGAAAAUGCACUUUCUUCUGGCUAGCAGCAAGGUUGCAGCUUCAUUUGAACAGGGUUUUAGAUUGCUUAGUAGCUGCUAGCUAAAAUUGUAAUGUCCAUGAGUAACAUAUGUCAAAUCAAUUCUGAAAUGAAAAACUGUUUUUGGAAGUUUGAUAGCAGGUUGGCUCUACAAAGUCAUAAUCACAUUGACAUGUAGGCAAGCUUGAAGGAUAUGUAUCUUAUCAUGGCUGCCAUAUGGGAAUAUAGAUGCCUAUAUUUCUAAAUUCUAGGUUUGAUGAGCUUAGGCAUGCACAAAUUCUUUUUAUGUCCAUAGCAAUUGUGGGCAAAUUUUUUCACUUUUCCAAAAAAAAUGGCUAAAAUUGCAAGAAUUAACAUAUAAGUUCGAAAAUUUUUGGCUAAAUUCUCAUAAAUUUAGUGGAAAAUGGAUGUGGGAAAAAAAAUUUUUUUGGGCAUGGACAAUCAAAAUAUCUGGCUGCCUUAAGUCUUAUUUGUAAGUAUGUACCAGUGCUGUAUUUCUUAAGUUGUAAUAUCUGAAAUGUAUUUUAACUUGUAAUGCUGUACAAAGUAAACAAUGAGUUUUUUGAAACUGACUGACUGUGACUCUUGACUUAAGUUUGCUCACAUUUACAAACAUAAUGGGUCACUGUGACUUAAUAAACUUCAAACUCCAAAAAAAUUAAUUUUGAAUUAGAUGUAGCAAAAACAUAAUUGUUCUCAAUAACACUUAAAAAACCUCUAUAUUAGCAUAUAAAUUGCAAAUUUACAAUCACGACUAACAUGGUUUCAAAUUAGUGUAUUAAUUUUUGGAAUAGAUAAGUUAUAAAUGUUUUUAAUCAAUUGCUGAUUUUUCAUGAAAAGCAUUAUAACAAGCAUUAAUCUGUGACAUUUAUAAAUUUUGGUUUUUGUCUGUAACUCUACAUCAGAAAUAAAUACAUAGCAAUUCUCACUGAAAUCUGUUUUAAUAUAACCAAGAAUCUCUCUAGUGCAUGUAGAAAUCUUUGGCUUAUUCAUAUUAUAUGAAAUGAGAUUUAAUAUAAACAACAAAACCCAUUUAAUUAAAGAUAACAAAACUAUAAUACUUUCUGUAGUUUUUCUCUAGGCACAGUUCAUUAUGUGAUGAAACAAACUAAGAAUUGAAUAAGGUAUUAGCAAGUCCAUAAUAAUUCAGGUGAUUUCAUUGCUGGAAUGAAAAAGAAUAAAAAUAAAAAAACAUUACUAGUGACCUCUGGCAUUGUCACUUUGACCCCACUGUAUCUGAUUUGUGAAACGAAAUCAUGGACCUGUAAUUUUUAUUAAGUUUUUAAUUUCCUUAUUUCAUAUUAUAUUAAAAUAAGUAUUUUGUAUUAAAGAUGUAAUUU